AUGAUCCGCCCACGAGCUGCGGCGGCCGUCCGGGCCUUGUCGCCGGUGCCCUGGAACUGCCCGGCGUGCCUCUCCCGCCGCCGCUAUACCGGCCAGGGGCCCGACAAAGUCGAGCCUCCCGAUCACCGAAAGCUUGGCUUGCAGCAGGAAAUCUUCAUCACCUCCGUCUACAGCCCGGGCUCGCCCAUAUUCCUCCCCAACGGAACUCGCAUCUUCAAUCGACUCGUUGACUUUCUGCGCAAGCAGUACGUCCGCUAUGGCUUCCAGGAGGUCAUUACUCCGAUAAUCUACAAAAAAUCCCUGUGGGCCAAGUCGGGCCACUUGGAGAACUACGCCGACGACAUGUACUCCGAUGAGGCCGAUGGUGAUUACGGGCUGAAGCCGAUGAACUGCCCGGGCCACUGCCUCAUCUUCAAGUCCAAGCUGCACAGCUACCGAGAUCUUCCCUUGCGAUACGCAGACUUCAGUCCCGUGCAUCGAAACGAACCCUCCGGCUCUCUGUCCGGUCUGACGCGAGUCCGCCGCUUUCACCAGGACGACGGCCACAUUUUCUGCCGGCCGUGCCAGGUCGAAGAGGAAAUCAAAAAGACACUUGACUUUGUCAAGGUUGUCUACAACGUCUUACGCCUGGGAGUGAGCUACCGAUUAGCACUAUCUACCCGCCCGAAGGACCACUUCAUCGGCACUGAGGACGAGUGGAAUCGUGCCGAGGACAGCCUGAGGCGGGCUCUCGAGGCUUCAGGCAUGGAGUGGAGCGUCAAUGACGGAGACGGGGCGUUUUACGGGCCCAAGAUCGACGUCAUCCUCAAGGACUCGGACGGCAAGGAGCACCAGACGGCGACGAUUCAGCUCGACUUCCAGCUGCCCAAGCGCUUCGAGCUCGAAUACCAGCUCGCUGAAUACGGCUCUGUGCGGCCCGUCAUGAUCCAUCGGGCCGUGCUCGGCUCGGUCGAACGGCUGAUGGCUCUUCUCAUUGAGUCAUACAACGGCAAAUGGCCCUUUUGGUUGAAUCCUAGGCAAGCCAUCAUCUUGACAGUAAACACCUCACAGCCGGUGGUGGAUUGGGCUGAGCAGGUCCGCGACAUGCUUGUCGGAAUCCAGCUAGACGUGGACUCUACGCCAAGGUCACUGGGCUCCAAAAUCAGAGAGGCACGGACGAACGGAUACAGCCAGCUUCUGGUUGUGGGGGAACAGGAUGUAGAGAACAGGCAAGUCAGUCUGGGCAGGGAGCGGCUGAGCCCUGCGGAGAUGCUUGAGAGAAUGCGCGACAUGACAGACAAGUUCCAAUAG